AUGAAUACGACCCGUCACCUAAUCUCUUGUGCUGAGUAUGUUCCAGCGUUGCUAACAACUGUGAGCCAUAGUGAGGCUUUGCUUGCCGUUGCUGGGACCUUGGAACUCACGAUUGCUCGAUAUUUUGAGGGUGGAGUAGAGCUGUUAGCAGUUGCGUGGUCGAUGCUCGAGUUGAUGAUGCAAGCAGGAGUGACAAACUCAAGUUCCUUUUCCAAGGAUGAUACGCAAGAUGUGGAGGAAGUUAUUUCUCAAUGUGGCCCUGUUCUCCGCGCUUCUUUCCUUUUGCCCUCUGGAAAAACUGGAUGCAUGGCUGGAGAGUCUUGUUAG